GUCGUCCGGGUAGAACAGUCAGUGUGAAGUGCCAUGUGGAGGACCGGCUGUAACCGGGCUGUAACCGGGCUGUAACCGGGCUGUGACUCCGUAAACCGACACGUUCAGGUGAUUUAACAGCUGCAGUGGACCAUGAGUCUGUUGCCGCGCUCCGCGGAGGAGUUCAGCUCCGCAGAGUACUGGGAGAAGUUCUUCAAGAAGCGCGCGGACAAAGCGUUUGAGUGGUACGGAGACUACAACAGACUGUGCGGCGUGCUGCACAAAUACAUCAAAGUGCACGAUCAGGUGCUGGUGGUCGGCUGUGGGAACUCUGAGCUGAGUGAACAGCUGUAUGAUGUCGGCUACAAGCAUCUGACUAACAUUGACAUCAGCGAGACAGUGGUGAGCCACAUGAACCAGCGAAACGCUGAGCGCCGGCCAGGCUUGACCUUCCAGCAGGUGGAUGCUACACAAACUCCAUAUGAGGAUGCCAGCUACCAGGCUGCUCUGGACAAAGGCACGCUGGACGCCAUGGCAUCUGAAGAGGAAGGGAUUCUGGCCAGGAGCAUGCUCACUGAGGUGGGCCGUGUGCUAAGUGUCGGGGGCCGGUACGUCUGUGUGACUCUGGCUCAGGAGAGCGUGAUCAGGUUGGCUGUGGAGCACUUUGUUCAGCUGGGGUGGGCGGUGCGGCUCCACUGCCUGCAGGAGGAAAGUGGAAAAGAAGAGGACUCCUUCGCUCUGCCCGUCUUUGUUUUGGUCUGCACCAAGUUUCGUCAGCCCAUGCCCACACCUGUUCUGGAGAUGUGUCUCGGGGAGGAUGGUGCCCCAGCGCGGCUCACACAGGUGUCAGAGUUGUUGUCGGCGGUGAGGGAGCAUCAGGCCUACUCUGUCUUGAGAAAGAGGCUCCGCACAGGCACAGACGCCUGCUCGAACCUGUCGCUCACACUCUGCCACACCAAGACUGGCCUCCCCAGAUACACUCUCACAGUGCAAGACUGUUCCCCAGGAGCCAAGGUGCCCAGAUCGAACCACUUUGCUAUAUUUAUUGUGCCUCAAGGCAGCGAGACAGCUUGGCUCUACAGCUCCACCGAGGGGCGCAGGCAGCUGGCGGCCAGCGCUAACUUUCGACGCCUGAUCGUUGUGGCAAUGCACCGGAAUCAGGAGUACACAGACAUGCAGGCUGUCCAGUCAGAGCUCUCGCCCAUGGUGAUGGACCUGGCUCCUCGGGGCAUGCCAGCCAACCAGCAGGUGCCCUUUCUGUCAGUAGGAGGCGACCUGGGAUGGCGAGAGGAGGUCAGCAGGGGUGUGAGUGAGCUGAGUGGAGAGUUCUGUGUGGAGAAUGUGAAAGGGGAAGACGGAGAGAUGUACCGCAGACUGGUUUUCCUGUCUAAUGCUGCCCUUGUCCAAUCAGAGAGCCGCCUUGUCUCUUCCUCCACCGCUUCGAGUCACAAGAAGAAGAACAGAAAGAAGGCCAAGCCAGCAGCUCCACCAACAGCAUCCUCCACCUCUCUGUCCGUGGACAGUGGCUUCCUCUGCUGCGCUCACCAUGAAGUCAUGGUGGCUGGUCUCUCCAUGCUUGGGGUGGGCGCGCCGGAGAACAAAGGCGUCCCAGUGUCAGUGCUCCUGGUGGGACUUGGUGGAGGAGGCCUGCCUCAGUUUCUGCGGGACUUUGUGCCUGAUGUUACUGUCGAGGUUGUGGAGCUAGAUCCUGUGGUGCUGGAGGUGGCGAAGGAAUGGUUCGGAUUCAGACCAGACGAUCGUUUGACUGUCACUCUUGGAGACGGCCUUGAGCGCAUCUCUGUCCUGGAGAAGGAAGGUGGUUGUGUGUUUGAUGUCGUCAUGUUCGAUGUAGACAAUAAAGACAGCACUGUGGGUAUGAGCUGCCCCCCCGCUGCCUUUGUUGAAACCUCCAUCCUGAAGAAAGUGAGCAGCCUGUUAACCCCCAGAGGUGUAUUCAUCCUGAACCUCGUGUGUCGUGACUCGGUCUUGAGGGAAAGCGUGCUGCAGCGUGUGAGCGCCGUGUUCCCCGCCAUCCUCUCUCGAAAGAUUGAAGGGGAGGUCAACGAAGUCCUUCUGUGCUCUCGUGGAGAAAAGGAGACGCCGGAUGGCGCCCGCAUCCUGACAUCCCUGAAGCAAGCAGCCAAGAGUCUGCAGAGCGCACUGGGCUCUGACCGGACCGGAACCAGCCGCAGGCCACAUAUAGACAUUGUAGAGCUGUUAAAAGACCUGAGAGUAGAGUGACGUGUGAAGGGGGUUUAAUGAGACUGAUUUUAUUUAAUCAGUCUCAUUGAGAUUAAAAAUCUCUUUUCUCUGAGAGACCUGAGAACAGGAAGCAGAGACAAUGAACAACGAAGACAACACACAACUAAACAACACAAGGAACUGAACAUUAAUGAACAUUUACAGUGAUCAUAAGAUACAUCAAAUAAUAAAGCUUUAAAAUCUCCAAGGGAAAAGUCAGAGUCUAGCCUGAGGGCAGUUUCCAGUUCAUUUCAUUUACAUGGUGCAAAGUACCUGAAACCAGUUGUGCCAGUACGAGUGUGAACCUGAGGGUUGGGUAGUUACUGAUCUGUGGACACUGGAUUUCAAUGAGAGAAGAGAUGUGAGGGAUAUGAAUGAAUAUUCAUAUGAAUAACAUGAGAAGUCUGUUUCCUCCUGACUGUAGUGAGGUGCCACGCAGAGAACAGUGAUGAGUCCGGUAUCUGUCGUGUGUGAUAAAGCGUAAUAAACUAUGAUACGCCGGAGCAGAAUAUCUCCACAGUGGAGGACAGACAUGAAGGUGGACUGCACAGUAGUUGUACGGCUGGAGGAAGACAGACGCUCUUUAAUUCUGUACAAGGAGCCAAGUUUGAUUUUUAUUUUCUGAGUCAAGUGUUGAAUAUGAACCUUAUAUGACAAAAGUCUGUUGUCGAGCCAGAUCCCUCAGUAUUUGCAUGAAUCAGUGAGGGUGAUGUGAGCCAUUUAAAGUUUUAAUGACAGGAUGGUCAGAGUCUCUGGUGGAUGGACCUUUGUCUGCAUUUAAGACUCAUUUGUGAUUAAGGAGGAGACAGUUGGAAGUCAUCACAAGCAGACUGAAGAGAAGCAAUAUGAUGUAAAACAUUCUAUCACAAGGAUUUUAUCUUUACAUCUUAAUGGGGUGCCUCUACAAAAAAUGA